AUGAAUCUUAUCAAAUCGUUUAUGAAUUUUGGUGCAAAACCUCAAGAAUUAGCAACCAUUGCAUUGGGCGAAUUUGACUUAUUAAGAUCAGAACUUUCUCCUAAAUCAUCCUUAGAAUGUAUUUAUAAUGAUUCUAUUCUUUUCUUAAGAGAAAUCAAUCAAUUUAGCUAUGAAAUUGUUGUUCAAAAAGUUUUGGAUGAAUUAGAAGAGACUAAUGACGAUUUCAAUGAUGAAUUGAUGAUUGAUGAUACAAUUAGUGAGUUAUCAGUUCAAUCAAAAAUAAAAGACAAAGAAUGGGCUUUCCCAAUCUCUGAAAAGCUAGAAUUUUUCAAGAAAUGGAAUGAAAAGGGUGAAAUUGUUUUCAUUUGGAAUAAUAUUUUGGGUGAUGAAACCGAUGAAAAAGUUCAAUAUAUAAUUGAUUCUUCUAUUGAUUUAGAUGAUAUCGAAACCUUUAAAGAAGGAAUAUAUAGAUGUGAAUUUGCAACAAAAUUUAGAAAACUUCCAUCUCAAACACAUGAUGAUUAUUUAAUUAAUAGAGAAAAUUAUUCAAAUCAAUUGGCAGAUUUACAAAAUUUACAACUACAUUCGGAACUUUCAAAUAAUAGUCCAAUACAACAAAAUAAUAGAGCAUUUAAUUCAAACCCAGAUAAUACUGUAGUUGACUUGACAGCUACAACGGGUUUAAAUGAGUUAAUAAUAGACCCUAAACAAGAGAAUGAAGAGACUCCAGAUUCAACAGAAAUUACAACUGGCUCAAGUUUUGAUACUGAAAAUUUCCAAGAUGCUAUUGAUGUUUUAAAUCCUAAAAAGAUCGAUAUAUCCCAAAGGAUAGAAUCAAAUAAAAUUAGAAAUUAUCCAAAGCGAUAA